AGCGCUGCUGAAUUGCAGCAGAAGAGCAGGAUCUGCUGCACAUGUGCAGUAAACAGGGCAGGGAUGAGCUGAGUGGGGUAGAAUGGAGAUACUGGGCAGCACGUUUGAUGAUUCAGUGUUUGAGGAGUCUAGAAACAGAGCUUCAUCAUCUGCAGUGCUGCCGGAGUACAAACCCAAGAGCUGCGAGCCGGAGUGGUUUUGUCAUCAUGAAAAAUUUGAAGAUGCUCUGGACGAGCAGAAGACCAUGAAGUUCAGAGCAGACCUGAAAUACAGGAGGAAACAGUAUCAGGAUGCGCUAGACGACUACACCACGUGCCUUUCCUUGGUGCCUAACGGCAAUCUGUCUCUGAAGAGAGAUGUAUUGGAGAGUAUGGCCCGGUGCUACAGUCAUCUCGGAUUGAGAGAACAAGCUCUGGAGACGUGUGAAAAUCUGAGGAAAGAGGCAACAAACACCUGCCACCUGACCUGUGUCCUUCUGCUGGAGGUUACCAUCUACGAUGGCUGUGAAGAUCGGAGGAACAGCAUCUCCAGCCUGCAGCAACUCUGCUCCCUUCAUCCAUUCAAUCCAUGGCACUGGUUAAAACUGGCUACAAGCUACCACAGCCUCCUGGAGUCCAGCAGCUGCCUGGAGAAACUGGCUGGGUUAAAGGCCUCAAUGUGUUUUGUCAGGACAAGGCUGCUGCUUGAGAUUUUGAUGAUUCAGCAGUUCUCAUUCGUGCUGGAGAAAAGUCAGAGAGCCUUAAAGGAAAUCGAGGAGUCUCUGCAGAGGCUAAAGCUGGAAGAGAGCACGCUCAUAACCAUAUCUGAGGUGAUGGCAGAAGAUCUGAUCCCAGAAAAGAUGCGGGAGGAGAACCAGGAUGGAGAGAGUUUAUCAGGUCUUUCCAUCAAGGACUUUGACGAGAGGUGGUGGAACAGACUACACACAUGCCUGCUGAUGGAGAAAACCGAUCUAUCUGAUAAUAAGACUCCGGAGAACAGGUGAACAUGAACACAACAGCUUUUACUGUAGGAGUGUAUUUAAACAAGUGUAUUAUACAAGUUUUAAAGAGCAUUUAUCAUUAAGAAGCAUCAUUUAUAGUUUUUUUUAAAGAAUGACAAUUUUACAUUUUUGCUAUGUGAAAUGUUUAUGCCUGUCUGUAAAUGUUCAGAUAUGAUGAAUUGUAUAUUUCUGAGGUGGAGAGUUUAUAAAUAAAAUGUUGUGUGUGGAUCUUACCAUGUGUUUUAAUAAAUAAUGACAAUAAUA